AUGGUACAGUCACUCCCUGGUCACUCCCCGGUCAUUCCCCUGUCACUCCACAGUCACUCCCUGGUCACUCCCCGGUCACUCCCCUGUCACUCCCCGGUCGCUCCCCUGUCGCUCCCCUGUCACUCCCCGGUCACUCCCCUGUCACUCCCCGGUCACUCCCCUGUCACUCCCCGGUCACUCCCCGGUCACUCCCCUGUCGCUCCCCUGUCGCUCCCCGGUCAUUCCCCUGUCACUCCACAGUCACUCCCUGGUCACUCCCCGGUCAUUCCCCUGUCACUCCACAGUCACUCCCCGGUCACUCCCCUGUCACUCCCCUGUCGCUCCCCUGUCACUCCCCGGUCACUCCCCUGUCACUCCCCGGUCACUCCCCUGUCACUCCCCGGUCACUCCCCUGUCACUCCCCUGUCGCUCCCCGGUCACUCCCCUGUCACUCCCCUGUCGCUCCCCUGUCGCUCCCCGGUCAUUCCCCUGUCACUCCACAGUCACUCCCUGGUCACUCCCCGGUCAUUCCCCUGUCACUCCACAGUCACUCCCCGGUCACUCCCCUGUCACUCCCCUGUCGCUCCCCUGUCACUCCCCGGUCACUCCCCUGUCACUCCCCUGUCGCUCCCCUGUCACUCCCCGGUCACUCCCCUGUCACUCCCCGGUCACUCCCCUGUCACUCCCCGGUCACUCCCCGGUCACUCCCCUGUCACUCCCCGGUCACUCCCCUGUCACUCCCCUGUCGCUCCCCUGUCGCUCCCCGGUCACUCCCCUGUCACUCCCGGGUCACUCACCUGUCACUCCCCGGUCACUCCCCUGUUGCUUCCCUGUCACUCCCCGGUCACUCCCCUGUUGCUUCCAUGUCACUCCCCGGUCACUCCUCGUCACUCCCCUGUCACUCCCUCUCACUCCCCUGUCACUCCCCUGUCACUCCCCGGUCACUCCCCGUCACUCCCCGGUCACUCCCCAUCACUCCCCGUCACUCCCCGGUCACUCCCCGUCACUCCCCUGUCACUCCCCGUCACUCCCUGUCACUCCCCUGUCGCUCCCCUGUCGCUCCCCGGUCACUCCACAGUCACUCCCCGGUCACUCCCCGGUCAUUCCCCUGUCACUCCACAGUCACUCCCCGGUCACUCCCCUGUCACUCCCCUGUCGCUCCCCUGUCACUCCCCGGUCACUCCCCUGUCACUCCCCGGUCACUCCCCUGUCACUCCCCGGUCGCUCCCCGGUCGCUCCCCUGUCACUCCCCGGUCACUCCCCUGUCACUCCCCCGGUCACUGCCCUGUCACUCCCCUGUCGCUCCCCGGUCACUCCCCUGUCACUCCCCUGUCGCUCCCCUGUCGCUCCCUGGUCAUUCCCCUGUCACUCCACAGUCACUCCCUGGUCACUCCCCGGUCAUUCCCCUGUCACUCCACAGUCACUCCCCGGUCACUCCCCUGUCACUCCCCUGUCGCUCCCCUGUCACUCCCCGGUCACUCCCCUGUCACUCCCCGGUCACUCCCCUGUCACUGCCCUGUCACUCCCCUGUCGCUCCCCGGUCACUCCCCUGUCACUCCCCUGUCGCUCCCCUGUCGCUCCCCGGUCAUUCCCCUGUCACUCCACAGUCACUCCCUGGUCACUCCCCGGUCAUUCCCCUGUCACUCCACAGUCACUCCCCGGUCACUCCCCUGUCACUCCCCUGUCGCUCCCCUGUCACUCCCCGGUCACUCCCCUGUCACUCCCCGGUCACUCCCCGGUCACUCCCCUGUCACUCCCCGGUCACUCCCCUGUCACUCCCCUGUCGCUCCCCUGUCGCUCCCCGGUCACUCCCCUGUCACUCCCCGGUCACUCAUCGGUCACUCCCCUGUUGCUUCCCUGUCACUCCCCGGUCACUCCCCUGUUGCUUCCCUGUCACUCCCCGGUCACUCCUCGUCACUCCCCUUACACUCCCUCUCACUCCCCUGUCACUCCCCUGUCACUCCCCGGUCACUCCCCGUCACUCCCCGGUCACUCCCCGUCACUCCCCGUCACUCCCCGGUCACUCCCCGUCACUCCCCUGUCACUCCCCGUCACUCCCCUGUCACUCCCCGUCACUCCCUGUCACUCCCCUGUCACUCCCCGGUCACUCCCCUGUCACUCCCCGGUCACUCCCCGUCACUCCCCGGUCACUCCCCGUCACUCCCCGUCACUCCCCCGUCACUCCCCGGUCACUCCCCCGUCACUCCCCGGUCACUCCCCCGUCACUCCCCGGUCACUCCCCCGUCACUCCCCUAUCACUCCCCGUCACUCCCCGGUCACUCCCCUGUCACUCCCCUGUCACUCCCUGGGCCAUGCUCCGCUCCAUUACUCUCUGCCAGGCCUUUGGGGCUCUGUGUGGAGCCUGGGGGCUGGGUAGAGAGCUUCCCCAGGCAGGUUGAAGGCUGCUGGGGCAGGGGCCGGCUUGAGUUGGGCCUACAGACGGUGAUGGAUGGAGGCCUGAGACUAAGGGCCAACUGA